AUGAAAGAAAUUAUUUUACUGUCGGUUUUUCUCAUUGCUUUUCCACUUAUCGCGAGUGGUACGGUCUACUUUGUCGAUAGGGAAAAAGGAAAUGAUUUCAACACGGGCGAACGUAUCAAACAAGCGUUUGCAACCAUUACCAAGUGCAUCAAAACGCUAAAUAGACCUGGUGAUGAAUGCCAUAUUCGCCAAGGACGUUACCACGAACCGCAGUUCCAGAUAUCAGGCAAAAAAGGAACUCUAUCCCAGCCUAUUAUUAUACGCGGUUAUGGAGAAGAAAUUCCAAUCAUCGAUGGCACCAUUCCAAUUAUACCUCGAGGAAAAUCUAGCUGGAAACGUGGCAAAGAUGGAAUUUACAGUGCCAAAAUUGAGCGAGAUAUCUGGCAGCUUUUCGUCGACGGCGAAAUGAUGACCAACGCUCGUUGGCCAAAUGCUCUGUGGUCGGACAAAACUGUUUUCUUAAACAAGUACUGGGCAAAAUCUUCCUCCAGAUCUACGAGGGGCAAAAUGGUAGAUAGUGGUGAAAAGAAUUUGACCGGAAGCGGUAUUGACGUGACUGGGGCAGUGGCUAUCCUCAAUGUCGGAAGCUUUAACACUUUUACUGCCAUAGUCCAAAGCCAUAGAUCGGGACAGAAUUUUUUUACUUAUAAAGAUAAUUUUGGCGCCAUAAAGUUCAAACCUGGUCAUAAUCAGUACUUUCUGGAGGAUAAGAUGGAGUUUCUUGACAAUGCUGGCGAAUGGUUUUACGACAAAACAACGAAAACUGUUUAUGUGAAGACCAUGGAUGGAAAAAGUCCUGAAGGGAGGAUUCGUGGAAAGGUAUGGUACAGAAUAAAUGAUAGAAUUUCUUCAUUUACCAGGAGUUUUUGCUCUUUUUUGAGCAAUCAUUAAAACGACAAAUAUUCGCUAUCAAUCAUGUGUUUUGCGCACAUAAUAUCCGUGCAUAUUUACUAGAUUAAUCGCCCUACGUUUGAUAAACUUGUUAGCGUCGCGGACUUGGCUUCUAUUCGAGACAGGAUCAUAGUUCUCUGGCUUGUAAUGUUUAUAACAAGGGUAUAUAAGGAAUAUUACUUAUCUGAAUUGAUAUUUCUUUUUAUGAUCCUGACAAAACUCCCUAAUCUUCAGAUUUGUUGCGGUGUUUUUUCGAGGGCGGCGUUCAAUCGAAUAGGCACUGUAAGCUGCACUGAUUCUUGAAUAAACAGCAUAAGUUUCUAAAGAAACUGCGGUGCCGCGUCGGUGGGAAAAUAAAACAGGUUAAUUUAGUAUUAUCAACUGAGUUGAUAACGUAAAUUGGCCACCGUAAAGAGUUUCAAAGCUGACGUUCCGAGAGUUCGUCCUUCGCCAUUCGCUCGAAACGCCAGCUUUAAAACUCUUUACGGUGGCAAAUCUGCGUCAUUAACUCAGUUGAUAAUACCAAUUCACCCUGUUACACAGAUUCUUAGCUUGUGUAUGUAAAAAAGUGUCAAUACAGAAAGACCAGCCUUCCUUGAUUCUAGCCUGGUGUGAGAAAAUGUUAUCAUAGAAUUGAGUAUUAAACCUUCCUUUUCGAAGAAAUUAUAUCCAGAUAAACGAAGUAAGAUAAGAAAGCAGUGCUGGAAGAAACAUAUAAGGAGUCAGGUCAGAACGUGCAAGGAAAUACAGAUACUUUAUUCUCGUAUCUGGAUCCCGCCACGCGAUCGAACAAGCAAAUACUUAUUUGAACACUUUUCACCCCUGAAAUGCUUUGGGUUCCUCUAGAAAAAAAGAGGCGGGGGGGGGGGGGGGAAGCACAAUGAAAUCAUUCAAAUAGACACACUUAGAAAAAGUCUGAAAAACAAUGAAAAAUAAAAAAAGACGCCAAUAAAAUUCCGUAUCUGGUUCCCCACCUAUAAUGAACCAACACUCUCAAAAACAUAUUUUUCUAAUGUAUGGAAUGUUCAGGAAAUAAAUAUGUUAUUCGCCAGCCGGGAGGUCCGUAUUGGGAAAAACUGUGCCCGAGGUGUUGAAUGCCGCCCGAGGCCGUAGGCCGAGGGCAGUAGUCAAGACACGAAUCCUCACCUUCUGUCAACAAGGUGAUUUGAGAGAGAGAAAAGAGAGGAUUAAUAAAUUAUUUAUCAGUUUGAGUUAGUGACCGACGUCUUUGCUUAAAAAUACUGCCCAGCCGGAAAAACGUGAUAUAGUUAUGAAAAAUGGCAACGAAGGUAGGGAUGUACUCGGCGACCCACGAAAGCUUUACCGUUACCCGUGGCCAGAGAUAGGAAAAUGUGGACCGCCCUAAGAACCAUUCAGAUUGCAGGAUUCGUUACCGUGCCCUUUGGGGGAAAAAAAUUAAGAAGCAAAUCAGAAUCUUUUUUAUUAACACUCAUGACAGCGUUCUCGGCGCACCAGCAUUUUAACGUCGUGCAACAUAAUACUAGAAUAUUAAGAUUUGCUCUUCACUAAAAGAAUGAAGAAACUUUGGGGUGCGCAAGCUCAGAAGUUCUGUUUUUCCAUAUCAGUUAAAGAAUAAGAAUCAUUAGGCUCAGAUAAAAUAUUUGCUAUUUACUUAUAUUUUCAAUAUAGGUACAAACGUACGCUUUCACCAUUUCAAACUGCCAGUAUCUCCACUUCAAGCAGCUCUCAUUCUUUGGCACCACAAUCAAAGCUCGUCCAACACACAAACGAGACAUCAUACGGGGUCUUUCGUUUCACUCAAUCAACUUCAAAUUCCCAUCGUACUCUAUGCGCAUGCUUGGUUCCACCUCUCCACCCAGCUGGACUAUAAUUGAACCAAGCCGUGGGAACAACUUCCAGUUGAUUAACAGUACCUUUUAUGGAACCGAUGGUCUUGCCCUCCAGUACAGUGGCGAUGGAUCGCUGCUACAGAAUAAUCUAUUCGAGUACAAUGAUUGGUCAGUUGCCCUCGUGCGAACUAAGAUGGGAGGACUGGGAACUAUUGUAUCCAACGGCAUAAAUGAUCAGUUCGUUAGGAACACGUUGCGUUUUAAUGGUGCCAGCGCUGGCUUCCGUCCAUCAGGACGAAAUCCAGUGAUCAAGCUCAACCAUAUUCACCAUCAAUGCUGGGGAAUUCUACAACACGACGGAUCCGGGAUUCAGUUCCAAAUUGGUGCACAGACGAACGCCCUGUGCAGAAACAACUGGGUUCACUCGAGUCCUAAGUAUGGUCUCCGUUUCGAUGGGCAGCCGCCGCGCGUGGGACGCGGCGGUACAAUGAAGGAAAACGUUGUUUGGAGGAGCGGCGGGAUCAUGAUCAAAGGCGAAUCCCACACAGUGCUAAACAACCUCGCCUUCGACAAACGAAAUGAUAAAAGCGGUGACCAACAAGGCGCAGGUUGCUCUUUAUGUGUUUUGAAGUUCGUUCGUUCGAAUCCAGUUGAGAUCAAUAAACAAACGGAAGUUUUGCGCAACGCAGCAGAUGUGGCAAAUGGUGGCAAACGUAAGAAGCCCCGUGGCACAUAUCCUCUUGCAGGAAGCCGUGUUGCUUUCAACAUUGUAAGUAACGUGAGGGAACAGGUUGAAGACGCGGAUAACAUGGACUUUCGGCCUCGUAAAGACUCCAAAUACAUUAAAGAUGACGUUGGACCCUACCGUUAUGAUCCAAAUGGUAGAUUCUAUUGGAUUCCUGGACGGCAGCUCUAUAAGACCAGCACUCCUGUGCCUCCUGAUGGCAGCAAAUCGGUGAAGGUAUGAAAUUAAAAAGACAGCUAUGCGAAAAUGAGACACCGAGUCAAUAAUUACAGCGACACAUAUUUCUUUCGUUUCCUUGAGAAAAACAUUCUUUUUUUUUUUUUUAACAAACCACAGAAACUAGGAAUUUUGUUGGGAGUUGGGAAUCGGAGAUUGUAUUCAUUUCCAAAUUCAUAGAGCACGUCGUAAAAUAGAAUGAAUGAAAAAAUCGUUUGCUAUUACUUCAAAACCAAAAUGGGUAAGACUUAAAAGAAGGAGAGAAGAUUUUUCAAUCCGGUCAUCACUACGAAAUGCAGACUAAAUUUGAAGAUGGAAAAAUCACAUCUUUUUAAUUUCCCAAAGCCGAGGAAACCUUUGCAAGACUCAUUGAGGUACUGAUUCUAUAAUUGUUAGAUAACUACAUUUAAUACACGUCUCCCUGUUACUGUUAUUCUAUUACGUGGAGACUCUCUGAAGUCAUGCAUACUUCUUUAACCUAUCAAUUUUUUUUAAAGUCUGUUAGAGAUGCUGUAAUGUGGUUAAACGCAUUUGGUGCCUCAACUCACCAUGUAUACUUUGGAACGGACAAGUCGAAAGUUGCCGAUGCAUCACGGAACUCCGCCGAGUACAAGGAGAAGAUCACUGCUGAUGGCAACGUGUAUUACUUGAAGGAAAGUCUUUCUUCCAGGUCUACCUAUUACUGGCGAGUAGAUGCUGAAUCGGACGAGAAAACUAUUUACAAGGGAGACGUUUGGUCUUUUCAAACCAAGUGA